AUGAAACUCAACUACAUCCUCCUCAUCCUACUAACCUUCACCGUAUCUCCGGCGAUCUCAACAGCACCGGAAGGUUGCGGUAGCGCCUCAACGGAUCCGUGCAUCAACAAAGCAAAGGCAUUACCUCUCAAAAUCAUAGCCAUUGUAGCCAUCUUUGCGACUAGCUUGAUAGGCGUAACGACUCCUUUAUUCAGCCGUUCGAUUCCCUUCCUCCGCUCUGACGGCAACAUUUUCAUGAUAAUAAAGUGUUUCUCCUCCGGGAUCAUACUUGGAACCGGAUUCAUGCACGUCCUGCCUGAAUCUUUUGAGAUGUUGUCAUCCGAAUGUCUUAGCGAUGAUCCGUGGCAUAAGUUCCCUUUCGCAGCGUUUGUCGCUAUGCUGUCCGGUCUAAUCACUCUAGCCAUCGACGCCAUUGCCACCAGCCUUUACACCGGAAAAACCACGGUGGAGCCUGCGCCUGAAGAGUAUGGCACUGAUCAUGAGAAGUCAAGUCACAUGAUGAUAGGUCACAGCCAUGAUGUUUCACAUGAUGCUUCUUCUGAUGCACAACUUUUGCGGUACCGUGUCAUUGCUCUGGUAUUGGAGCUGGGGAUCUUAUUUCACUCUGUGGUCAUUGGAAUAUCUCUAGGAGCAACAAAUGAUGCAUGCAGCAUUAAAGGUAUCAUCUUAGCGUUUUGCUUCCAUCACAUAUUUGAAGGCAUGGGUCUCGGUGGCUGCAUCCUCCAGACGGAUUUUUCAACUAUGAAUAAGUUCUUGAUGGCUUUCCUCUUUGCCCUAACAACACCUUUUGGGAUCUUUCUCGGAAUAGCAUUGUCGAGCAUUUACAAAGACAACAGCCCGACCGCUCUGAUCACGGUCGGAUUACUCAAUGCAUGCUCAGCGGGAAUGCUAAUCUACAUGGCUCUAGUCGAUCUUCUAGCCACCGAGUUCAUGGGAUCAAUGCUCCAAGGUAGCGUCAAACUUCAGAUCAAGUGCUUCCUAGCGGCUCUGCUAGGCUGCGCCGGAAUGUCGGUUCUUGCUUUGUGGGCUUAA